AUGUUUCAUAACUGUUAUAUUUCUUUUAACUCUCGUCAGAAUUAUAUAAGACAUCCAUCUCGUAUAUUUAACACACCUUCACAUGAAAUAAUAAAUAAGAGAAGUACUAGAACUAACGUCUCUAACAACGAUCACAUUGAACAGGAGUCUAAUAAUGAGGAUUUCAAUUAUGAAAUUUCGGAUGAUAAUUCUGAUAAUGUAUUAGAUAAAGACAAUAUAUUGAGCAAAGACGAUUUGCUAAGCAAAGAAGGUUUUUUAAGCGAAGACAAUUUGUUGAGCGAAGGCGAUUUGUUGAGUGAAGGCGAUUUGUCAAGUGAAGAUGAUUUUUUGAGUAAAGACGAUUUAUUGAGUGAAGGCGAUUUGUCUAGCGAAGAUGAUAUAUUGAAUAAAGAGGAUUUUAACAGAGAAAUUGUUGAUGAGCCUUUAAGUAGUGAAGAAAUGCUAUCUAUUAAUGGAAAAUUCAUGCUAUACUUCAGUAACAUUACAGAAGUAUUAAUGUUUUUCUGGAUCCAGAAGCAUAAUAUAUAUAAGUUAAAAUGA